AUGGCAGGAGAGAGCGAGGCCAAGGAGGCCGAGACUGCGCUCGGGGGCUUUGGGAACGCCGUCUUCCUGCUGGCCCCCUGUCCGCAUUCGCAGAGGGAACUGCUGCAGUUCGUGUAUGGCUGCGAGGCCCAGGCCCCGCGCCUGCCGACCACUCCUAAGCAGAUGAUGGAGAAGUUGCUGCCCAAGAGGGUCCAGGAAGUCCUGAUCGCCCGAAAAAUCACCUUGUACUGGGUGGAUAGCACCGAGAGGUCGAAGCUUUGGGAAUCCCCAGACCACCUUGGGUACUGGACAGUAUACGAACUGCUCUACCACGUAGGAGGCACUAUCUUGCCAUCUGAAACUUUCAGCCAGCAUUGUAUUAAAGCUGGGGAAACACUGCUUGGCAGUGACAAAAAGCUGUCAAGUGAACCUCGCUUCUCUUCGUGGAUUUCAAUUAUGCCAACCGAUUCCACUUUAAACCGUCUGCUCUAUAAUUCGCCUGAGUAUGAAGCCUCAUUUCCACGAAUGGAAGGAACGUUAUUUCUCCCUGUCGAAGGAAAAGAGAUUCAAGAAACAUGGACCGUCACCCUGGAGCCCUUAACCAUGCAUCAGAGACAUUUUCAGAAGCCGGUCAGAAUUUUUCUAAAAGGCACCGUCACUCAGUGGUCCCUCCCAAUGAGUGACACUUUGGGCACUGAUAGCUGGAUGCUCCAGGGUCCAGACGAGAGUAAAUCAACUCAAAGGACAUUAUUUCAGCAGCUGCUAAACAGGCUCACCGCUGAAGAGUUACAUCUGGUUGCCAGUGUGGACCCUGGUGAAGGCUGGCCCCCCAUCUCUGGAGUUAUUUCUCCCCUCUCUACCAACACUACAAUUCUCACCCUGUUCCACAGCGAGGAGGCUGAAUUUCAAAGACAUUUUCUCCAAACAGUUGUGACAGAGAACUCCCAGGAAACGGCUUCCGUUUGUUUCGAUGUUAAGGACGUUGUACUGAAUCAGAUUCACAGUUUACGGAAAGACCCUACCGCCUCUGGCCCUGCAGCGCCUCCGGUUCCUGAGUGGGCCCAGCAGGAGCUGGGCCGCACCGCCCCCUGGAGCCCUGCUGUGCUGGAGCGGUGGUUCCUGCGCUCUGCCCUCAGCGGCGCCAGUUCAAAUCUGAUGGAGUCAUUUUGGUUACUACAGGCUGCCUUAUCUCACAAGGAAGAGCCUUCCAAGACUGAAAGUGAAUUAACACGUUGCCUCUCCGAGCUCUACCUGAGAAAGUCCCGUGAGGAAUCCGCGGCGUCUAACCAGGAAGAUGGCAAAAAGAAACGAGGUGUCCCCCGUACUCCAGUGAGGCAGAAGAUGAACACCAUGUGCCGUUCCUUGAAGAUGCUGAAUGUCGCCAGGUUGAAUGUCAAGGCUCAGAAGUUACAUCCGGAUGGCAGCCCAGAUGCCACUGGGGAGAAAGGGACCCAAAAGACAGCCGCUGGAAGAGCAGCGGAUAGGUUAGAAAACAGAGGACGAUCACUAAGAAGUUCUAAACCUAAAGAUUUUAAAACCGAAGAGCAGCUACUGUCUUAUAUACAUGAAAAUUACCAAAAGACUGUGGCCGCAGAGGAAACCGUAUUGUACUCAUGUGCCCGGAACAUGAUCUCAGCCAUAAAAGCGUUCCUAAAGGCCAAGGGUACCCAGGAGUUAGAGGUGAACUGCCUGAAUCAAGUCAAAAAUAACCUCUUAAAAACUAGCAAAAGCCUUAGACAGAAUAUAGGGAAAAAACUGGAUAAAGAAGAGAAAGUCAGAGAGUGCCAGCUUCAGGUAUUUCUUCGUCUGGAGGUGUGUCUGCAGUGCCCUUCAAUACAGGAGAGUGUAUGCGAUAUGGAGCAGGUGGUCGAGGAGGUGACAGAUUUGCUGCGCAUGGUGUGUUUAACUGAGGAUUCAGCAUACUUAGCAAAGUUCCUGGAAGAAAUUUUGGGAUUGUAUGUUGACUCUAUCCCAAAGACACUUGGGAGUCUUUACCACAGCCUAGGGUUUGUGGUUCCUCAGCAGCUGGUUGGUGUCCUUCCUACGGACUGCUUCAGUGAUGAUUCCAUGACACAGGAGAGCAAGUCGCCACUUCUUUCUGUGCCUCCUACGUCAAGUGCCCAUAGGUCAGGGUCGGUCGGCACUGUAUCUGACCAACUGGAGGAGCUUCGCACCAGGUCAGCUAAGAAGAGAAGGAAAAAUGCAUUGAUAAGACAUAAAAGCAUUGCAGAGAUCUCACAGAAUCUUCGACAAAUUGAAAUUCCCAAAGUGACCAAGAGAGCUACCAAAAACGAGAACUCUCACCCAUCUCUUCAGCAGCCUCCACUCCCAGGGAAAGAUACAGUGCAAGAAGUGACCAAAGUUCGAAGAAAUCUCUUCAACCAGGAAAUUUCUCCCUCAAAGAGACCGGGAAAGCGGGGCUUGCCUAGGAGCCAUUCUGUGUCGGCUGUGGAAGGCCUGGAGGGCAAACUUGCCAGCGCUGCGAAGACCAGAGGUCAUCACAGGCUGCUGACUAAGAGUGUGCCCGAGACUCCAGUGCACAAGCAAAUCUCCAGAAGGCUGCUUCAUAGACAGAUCAAGGGCAGAUCCUCCGAUACCGGUCCUGAUAUCGAUGUCGUUGACGAGUCCCCGGAAAAAGGAGAUGAACCAAGUUUAAGAAGAAGUCCUCGAAUCAAGCAGUUGUCAUUGGGCAAGACGAAGUCUGUUUCUUUCUAUUCUGCGUCUCAGCCAAAGUCUCGAAGUGUGCAGAGAGUUCAUUCCUUCCAGCAAGACAAGUCAGACCAAAGAGAUACUUCUCCUGUCCAAAGUAUUCGGUCUCCUAAGAGCCUUCUGUUUGCGGCAGUGUCUGAGAAGAUCAGUCCCUCGGAGAAGGGUUCGGCUCGAAUUAAAAGGCCUUCAAGAAGCACAGUGGACUCUGAGACACCUACAGCCUCUGAGACACCUAAGAAGAGUGACUGGAAAUCCCCCAGUUCUUCUAGGACAACGCUCAGAGGGCUCUGCCAUACACCCCAGACUCUACUGUGCUCCCCUGAAAGGCUGCACAGAUCCCCUGCAGCAGCAACUCCUGUCAAGCAUGUCCUUUCUCAGUCCUUCAAAGACUCAAUCUUGCAUGCCUCGGAGUCACCUCCACCAGAAGUCACUCUGCAGAAAGGACACUCCCUGCCAGAAGCAGGAGCCUCUCUGCUGGGAAAGAUGCCCAAAACUCCCGAAAGGCCAGGCAGCCAGCCCCCCGCAUUUGUGCCGAAUGGUACUGGGCCACCUUCAGUGAAUUCCAGGCCCAAGAGCACCUCUUCUCCUGCAGUACCAGUGCUGUCAACUGCCCAGACCUGGAGGGAGAGUCCGGCUCCUGCCGGACACUGUCUUCAGUGGUCUCCGAGAGCGGCAGCCGAAAGGGCAUGUGGAGCAACUGCCUCAGCGGGCACACCUCAGGGUCCGCAACCCCCACGUCCCCAGGCCCCCGGAGCUGCGCCGCCGCAGCCGUGGAAGGAUCCAGUGCUCACAGCCCCAGACGGGCCACGGGACCCCACCAUGACCCCUUCCCCACCCGUUUCUCCUAAGGAACCUUGUAACUCUCCUUUGUGUGACAUUUCCAAGAGUCCACUCGAGAAAUCAUUCACAGAAUCUUUCCCCACUGGACAGCGGGAUGGGAAAGAUGCCCAGACAUCAUCCCAUAUCGCCACACAGCUCUCCUGUCCUGCCCCUUCGACCCCCGCCAAAACCUCACAGACAGCUCUGUCUGCCAUCGUCCCCCCUCCGCCCCCUUCUAAAAGUGGGAAAAGGCACAGAAAGACCUCGAACCCCGAAAAAAGCUUCCUGGAGUGCCAACCUCACACCUCCGCUGCUCCUAGAGCUGGCGUCACUGGAAACGCGGACGCUAGAAAGGACCAGAAGGAAGUGAACGCCGCUCCUCAGCCUUCUCCUGAAAGGCACCGUGACCCUGGGACUGGCUUCGGGAGUGACUGCCACACAGCCUCUCCUUGGCUCGUUGCAGAGGACACGGAGUACCUCAGUCUCGUGGAUGGAGCUGAGGACCACGUCAGUGACGACUUGCAAAGCGAUGUUUCUCUCGUGGGAGGAGGAAAGGGGUUAAAGAUGCAGGGUACCGAUGAGCCUUCCCUGACGAACCCUGGGAGCCCUCUGUCUCCACCUUCCUCUGGGCCCAGCUCCCCCUUUUCACCGUCAUGCACCCUGCAACAUAGUGCACACAAGAGGCGGCCCCAGGCUGCCGUGCAGCUGGAGAGCCUCGCUUCGCCCCGGCUUCCAGGAGCCCCUGGCAGCCCGCAGACCUAUGAGAUGGAGCUGGAGAUGCCAGCCUCCGGCCUUCCCAAGCUGCGGAUUAAGAAGGUCGAUGCCAGCUCUUUGUCAGAGGCUGAGCCCCCAAGAAGGGACGAGGGUGCCCGCCCUGGUCUCAGCACAUCAUCCGCCAAAGCCGAAACUGCCUACAUGUCACCCCCCUGCCCACGCCCCUCGCACAGCACCCCCGGCAAGGGCGGCGGACAAACCUACAUCUGCCGGUCUUGUACCCCCACCCACUGCCCCUCUAGCACCCCCUGUCCGUCACAGACAGAUGGUGGGGUUCCUUGGACACCGUCUCCCAAGCACAGCGGGAAAACCACCCCCGACAGCAUCAAGGACUGGCCGCGCAGGAAGCGGGCGGUGGGCUGCUGCCUCGGCCCCGCUGCGGGGAGGGCUGCGGUCGCCACAGAACUUUCUGGCUGUGUGUCGCUGCUCCAGCCACAGGGAGAGGAGCCAGGCUUCGGCCUCGGCAUCCGCCAGACUCCAUUCUUGGGGGACUUUGAGCUCGAGGGGGUAUGUCAGCUGCCAGACCAGUCGCCUCCCAGGGACAGUGUGACUGAGGCUGAGGAAGGCUUCUCCGGGGCACAGUUUGGGUUGGGUUCCAGGAAGAGACUCCUGUCUGCCAAGGGGGAAGCUGAACGCCCAGCAAAGAGAACCUGUGACGAGCAGAGAGAAGGCGUGGAAGUUCCCGAGAGUGAGGAGAGGUCUCCGAGCGCGGGAGCGCCACGGCUCCCCGCCACGGGCGACGACGAGGGCUUCGGCUCGGGCUCUGCCUCACCUUCCGGCUGUGCCGUGCGGAGCUGCCUCUCUGCCAGUGGCCUCCAGGCUCUGACCCAGUCUCCGCUGCUGUUCGGGGGGAGGACGCCCUGCUCUCGGCGCAGAGACCCCGGAGAUGAGGAUGUGGAUGUCUUUCCCCCCCUGGCAGAUGACUCUCCUUUUAGCCAGUCGUUCUCCAGGAGACGCCCCAUCAGCAGAACUUACACGCGGAAGAAGCUGAUUAGCUAGUAAGAGUGGAACCGGCUUAACUGCAGACACUGCUGAGCUCAUCCGGGUCCACUGCACGCCCUGGGCUGAAGUGCCCGGAGCGGUUUCCUCUGGGGCUAUCGGGGACUCCAGAUGCAUACAGACCGUGGAGGAAAUCUCAGCAGUGAACCCGGAAACUCAGUUUGUCUGAGCCGGGGCGCUGCUGACCUGCCCCGUAUGUGAGCCUGGGCUUGAUGCACAGGAAUGGGAAGAACCAGGGUGGAAUGGAACUGGGGAAGUUCAAAAGCUGAAGGUAAGGUCGCCCCAUGGGCAUAAAGAAAAGAGGGUCUUGGUCCCAAGCCUCCAUCCCCCCCAGGUCCUGCCACUUGUUAGGGAGGCGCUGUACCUGGUGCUGUCGCUCGGGCAGCCUGGGAGUCAGGAACCAGGCAAGGAGCUGGCACACCGGGACCCCAGGCCAGGACCACUGUGACUCGCUUGUGAAGUGGGAGAAGGGACCCCACGCCUGGGUCCUUGGAGCAGCUGCUGUAAGGCUGGGGCGCUGAGACAGGCGGUGCUUGUCAACUAAAGCACCAAACAGAACGAGGGCUCUGGCAGGCGGCAGAACCCAUGCUCCACACUCCCUGCAGUAAAGUCACGUCUAGCCGCUCAGCAUUCGGGCACGUCUGCUUCACGUUCCAGUAUGGGUUUGGCCACGAGCGUAGAGCAGCCACCCCGCGAGGUCUGCCCGGAGAGCUGCCCACGGCACAGUCCCUGCUGUCCACGAGGAGGCACACCUGGCCGUGGGUCUGCCUGCAGGAGUGCCCGUGGGCCCGACGGCCAUCGAGUCUUGGCCCAGAGUUGACGCAGCUGUCCCACGGCCUCUGGAAAACUUCAGCCUGUUGUGUUCCCAGGUCUGAUUCCUACUACCAUAAAUCACACUCUAAGUAAAAAGUCCCAUUUCUCCAAA